AUGAGGGUGGCUGAGCGAGCAGGUGUGGGAGACGCCAACUCGGUUGUGCAGGUGUUUCUCCAUGUUCGUCGUAGAUGUGAAUCUUCAUCUUUGGUGGAGUCGUUAGUGGGGAGGUUUUUUGUAUAUCCCGGCAAAUUGCCCACAUAUGCGUGGCGUGUGUUUGUUUUAUUCUUUGGGUGCGGGUUGCUCUUUCUCUUAGUGUCAAAAUUGUGGGCUGCGUUUGUGUUCUUUGCUUUGUUUUUUGUCAUGUGCGAAGUUUGUCGAGUUGUGCAUUACCUAAAUGGCCGUUCUAGUACUUUUCACUCGCGCCCCUUACCGCUUUUUUUUUGUUAA